AUGUCUUUCCUUGGUUCCAGCGCUCCCAAGUCCAACGAGGACAUCAAGACUGCCCUCCUGCAGCAGGUUCAGCAGGAGGCGGCCAUGAACAAUGCCCGCGCUCUCAUCGGAAAAAUCAACGAGAACUGCUUCGACGCCUGUGUCCCCGCCCCCGGCUCUUCCCUCUCCUCCAAGGAGAACGCCUGCAUGUCCAGCUGCAUGGACAAGUACAUCAACAUGUGGAACGUCGUCAGCCGCAGCUACAUGCACCGCAUGAAUGAGGAGAGGAAGAAGAUGGGCGGUGAUGUCGCCGGUCUGUCUCUGUAA